AUGGCUGCAGUCUCCCGGGCAUCCCUGUUCCUGAUUUUCACUCUGCUCUGCCUGCCCUGGCUUCGAGAGGCCGGUGCCUUCCCAACAAUGUCCUUAUCCUCGCUUUAUAACUAUGCUGUGACGCGCUCCCAUCUCCUGCAGGAUCUGGCCUUUAACAUCUACCAGAAGUUUGUAAAAGCUCAUGGCCCGAAGGAAGAAAAGGAUUUCUUCUUGUAUAACGCCAGUACCUCCCUUUGCUUCUCAGCGUCUGUCCCAGCACCCACUACCAAAAAUGAAACUCUGCAGAAAUCUAACCUACAGCUACUCCGCACCUCCCAGCAGCUCAUCCUGUUGUGGCUCAGUCCCGUGCAGUUCCUCAGCGGUGCCUUUGGCUACAGCCCGCUGCAUACUUUCUUGGACAGAUUCAUCUAUGAGUACCUGAAGGACCUAGAGGAAGUCAUCCAAACUCUGAUGGGGAGGCUGGAAGAUGGCAGCUCCCAGACUGGGGAGAUCUCCAGGCAGACCUACAGCAACCUGGACAUCAACUUGUACAACGAUGACACACUGUUCAAGUACUACAGGCUGCUCUACUGCUUCCGGACAGACAUGGACAAGUUCGCAACAUUCCUGCGCAUUGUGAAGUGCCGCUCUGUGGAGGGCAGCUGUGGCCUCUAG